CUCCUUUCACUUUCUCUUUUUUGUGCCCAGGUGGUGAGCAGUGCUCUUCAGCAUCUCUUAGUUUCUGCUGCACCAUCAGGUUCCUGGCUGGAAUCUGGCACUUCGGCAAGUGGAAAAAGGGAAAAAAUUGUUCACGGUUUCGGAAACGCUGGGAUGACUUAAAUUUCAAAGGGUGCGGAUCCCGGGCCGGAGGAUCGGUCCAUCCGAAAUGGCGAACAUACGGAUGAUGUGACGACAGCAAUGGAGACCAUCCUCCGGAAUGCUCAGCAGGGGAGACGGUCGAUCGGGAACUAAAGAAAACAAAGCCGACUAUUUUAUCAUCACGGCAACCUACCACCAUUCUGCGGAACGACCUGCUGAAGCUACGGCAGUGUUGUCCUGUACUGGAAAAUAUACAGUAUGUGAGGUAUUUCAGCAAUACACAGUAUAACCUGUACAUUGGUACAGUUUGUCAUGCUGUGGCAGUUCUGAUGCUCAAAAUCUCUCCCUGGAGGUGCCCAGACGCUGCCGUGGAUGGAUGGACAGGAUCCCCGCGGAGGUCAAAGGAAGCAGACAAAAACCCACAAAGGACCUUGGAAUGUGGGCGGAAAACAGAGUACCCAGAGGAGCUCCACACAGACAUCCAAACUCAGCACAGCUCAGCUGCGGUGCAGCUGAGUGUGCUGCUCUUCCUGCGCUGUCUUGCAGAGGAGACCAGGGCCAAAGCCUUUGAGGAGAAAAUGGCCACCAUCAAGGCUAGACACAUCAAAGCAGUCUCCAAGAAACUUCUGAAGAAAGCCAGAGGAUGAAGAGGGACGAUGCCCGUUCUUCAGUGAAACAUUAAGGACUUUGUUCAGAAGUUUGCAUGCACAUUUGCUCACACCAGCACAAACCCACAUGUGCACUCACACCUGCCCACAGGCAUAGGCAUACAGCCGUUGAAAAGGUGGUAUUUUAGGUCUAGCGCAUGUUUCUAUUUGCGUGUAGAUCAAACUAUACGUCACUGAUGAUUAUCGGUGCUUUUUUGUUUCAAUGUUAUUUUCAAGGAAUACAUUUUUGUGGAGUUUCUAAAACUCUUCUUGUUCUGCUACUGCAAUACAUUUUCAUUAUUGAGAUAUUAACUUAUAACUUCAGUGUAGAGCUAAACAGAAAAUUUGCCUGCGAUGUGAACAGAAUUUUAACUUUUGAACCAUUCUGCCUCCUGACAGAAUAGUGAGUUGAGCCCUCCUGCUGUUCCGAUGUUUUUACUGAAGUUAACAAUAAAAUAUUAAGCCUUUAAU